ACACUAGGGAACUUGGACAGAGACGGAUCGUGAUAAUCAUAAUCGCCUCAAGUUCAUUGCUGCAGUAUCUGCUGUUCCCCAGUUGUUAUAGGAUCACGGUUCUACGUUCGUCCAAGGCCAAGAUAUUGGGAGAUGAGCCUUUAACGUCAUCCUGAGUGAGUCUAUAUUACGACGUCAUCAUUCUUUCACGACGAAGUGCUAAACAUCGUGAUAUCACCACGAUGUCGUCUGCUACGGUUUUAGCCAUUUCCACAAGUUCGGCGCUGGGAUUUUUCCUUCUAAACGCCCUGCUCAGGUUGUCGCCCCCACCAAUGCGUCACGUGGUCGUAUCGAAGCGGCAUAAAUGGAGAAAUGAAGUAGGGUCGUUGGUUCAUUCAGUUAUUGUCGGUCUAGGAUCGCUAUAUUGUUUAACGUUAUCACUCUUGAGUGAGGAGAAUGACAACUCUUAUUUCGCAGAUAUAGAAAUAUUUGGCGCCUUAUCAGUAGGUUACACAAUCUAUGAUACAGUAGAUCUGUUGCAGAACGAAUCGAUAUGGAAAGUUCUUGGUCUUUUUAUUCAUCACAUAGCUGUUUGCGGAUGUUUUAUCUUAUGCUAUCAAACGGGACGAUUCUAUCAUCUUUGUAUAUUUGCCAUGAUGGUCGAUUGCUCUAGCAUUUUUCUGCAUCUCCGCAUGCUCCUCAUCAUGCAUGGUUUCGAUAAGGACCAUCCCAUCCGAACCAUCAACACAUUCACCAACGUCGUAUCUUUCGCUGUCUUCCGUCUCGUAAUCAUCGUCUACAUCCUCGUCAACGUCCUAUUCGAACCGGAUCUCCCCGGCAUCGUUAGGUUCGCGUCACUUCUGUUAAUCUCUAGCCUACUCGUUAUUAAUCUAGUACUCUUCAAACGACUCAUUGUUAGCGAUUUAACUUCAAAGAAAACACAAUUGCCGUCGUCAAAGUCAGCGUCACCAUCGUCGUGUAAUAACAACGUAGACAUUUUGGAUACAUCGUGAAAGGAAAUAGUGAUUUCGAUUUAUUUUUAAGGUGCGUCGCAACUUCUGCGACUCUUUUAGUUGGUAACAACACUAAUAUGUCAUGCGAUUCACUGACCUGCACUAAAUUUUCUUCAUAAAUUAAGAAAAGUAGAAUAAAAGGUAAGCAUAUUAAUAGGAUAACUGAAGCUUAAUCUGCGAUCAUCCAAAUCAAGUCUUUUUUCAUAUUCCAAUUUGGGGCGAUCGAGUCUUUGCCGGAAUUCACUACCACAGUCAAGAGCUGAAGAACUCAGACUCUGCAAGAUCCAACCUAUAAAAUUGGAUUUUGUUCACUUGCAGGUACUAGGUUUGAAGACCCUCAUUAGUAAUGUGCCUUUUCUUAUAUUUCUCUUUACUUUUUUGUCUUGCUCUCUUCUAAGCGCUUUGAGUAUUUAAUCAAAUUGGAAAAGACGCUAUAUAAAUCCUAUGUAUUAUUAUGUAUUCAUUACUAUUAUAAUUGAUAUUUGUCUAUAAGCAGUGUAGGACUGUUAUUUUUACAUUUGGUUUCUUUAAUAGUUAUUUAUAGUUCAAGCUUUGGUAUUUAGUUCAGCUUUGUUUUCUUUCUUCAUGCUUCUGUUGUCAUCCAUUUAUAUUUUACUUUCAACCUGCUUCUCCUGUCAUUCCUUUCCUAUUCAGAUGUGUUCAUUCAUUACAUUCUCACAUCUGAUUCUUUUGUUCAACAUUCUUAUUAUGUAAUCAUCCCUAUCUCUUAUUGGUUAUUUUUAUGAAUUAGACUUUUCCACUUUCAGUUGGCUUCUCCAUUCUCUUUAUUUUCAUUGGUUGAUUUGGUGUAAUUUAAAUAUAUAUUAAUUUUGUAAUGCAAUUAUGAGUUUUACUGAGGCAAGGAAGCCCAGCAAAUAAAGCAGUGCACUACCUG